AUGUCUAGCUCAACCACCCCCAAAAACUGCCACUACACAAUCCAAGCCCACCCCUGCACCCACAAAUCCUUCCUCGAGAGCCCGCGCAUCACGCACCGCGCCCCAUGCCUGCUCGCGCAGAACCCCGUCCACAACGCCCAGAGUCGAACUCGGUGCUCGCACAUCGGGGCCCCCGUCGAGGUUGCCGUCGCGGAGGCGUGCGGGCGCUGUGCGCCGAAGGGGGUGGUGGUGGGCCGCGGCAGGAGGGUGGGUAUGGCAAGAGCGGGCAGGAGCAAGAGAAAGUGGAUGGAGAAGGGGAGGAGGGCGGUAAAAGAGGAGGAGGAGGAGUUGGAGUUGGAGAGGGGGAUGCGGGGGUUGAGUCUAGGGGGUGAGAUGGACGCUGGAGCUCCUCCUCCUCCUCCACCUCCUUCUGCUUCUUCUUUUUCUUCGCCUGUCGUUUCACAUCUCGUCCUACCGGGCAAGGUGAUGGUGGCUGAUGCCGCCGCCGCCGCCGCAGCAGCAGCAGCAUCCCUUGAUCCUGAGGCGAGGUUGGAAAUCAAAACCGUGCAGGGGGUGGGAAUGGAAAUGGGAGUGGGAACGCAAAAAGAAAUGGUAAUGGAAAUGGAAAUGGAAAUGGAAAUGGAAAUGGAAAAUAACGGAACCGAAAACGGAAAAAACGCCCAAGAAGCAGAAGCAGAAGCAGAAGCAGAAGCAGGUACAGACGACCCACCCGCGAAACACAGGAGGAGGUGGAUCCACGACAAGGCGCGGGAGCUCCCCCGGGCUGAGAACAACAGGGCGGCUCAGCCUGCGUCGCUGUUGAGACGCGUGUUUGGCGGGUUGCUGCUUCCCGGUGCUGACUCUCCUCCCUCUCCCUCUGCUUUGGCGGCUGCAAGUCAGGAGGGGACGGGAAAGGAGGAGAGGGCGGAGGCGGAGAUUGGGAAGGGCUGGCUUGAGGUUGAGGAGGAUUCGGAUUGGGAGAUUGUGGGGGAGGACAGGGAACAGGAGAGGAGGGAGAGGGUACAGAAGGUGUUGUUGGAUGGGGGGGAGUGA